AUGAAUUUUGAAGGUACAUCAAACCUAGGUUCAGCUUUUGCAAAGAUCAAAAACCUCUAAAAGUUAGAACUUAAUCUUAGUUCAAGUCAUAUUAGUGAUGAUUGCGCAUUAGACUUAGGUUAUGCUUUGGCAAAGAUCAAAAAUCUCUCAAAUUUAAAGCUUGAUCUAAGUUCAAGUAAAAUUUGUGAUGAUGGUGUAUCAGGCUUAGGUACUGCUUUAGCAGAGUGCUUUUAUCUUUCAAAUUUGACACUUAUUCUCAAUAAUAACUGGAUUCACUCUUUUGGGGCAUCUGGUUUAGGUUUUGCUUUAGCAAAGUUCAACAUUCUCUCCAAUUUGAUACUUUAUCUCAAUGGCAAUAAAAUUGGUGAUGAAGGAGUAUUAGGAUUAAGUUCUGCUUUAGGAAAUUGCACUGAUCUCACAAAUUUGACACUUGAACUUGGUGAUAAUUUAAUUGGCGAUAAUGGUGUAUCAGGCUUAAGUUCUGUUUUAGAAAAUUGUACUGAUCUCGAAGAGUUAACACUUAAUCUCCAGAGAAAUAAAAUUGGUGCAACUGGUGCAUUAAGCUUAUGCCCUGCUUAAAUCUUAAAUUAUAAACUUAAUCUUUCUUCUAAUCGAAUUGGUGACGAAGGUGCACAUGGCUUAGGCUCAAGUUUAAUUAAGUGCACUAAUCUCUAAAAUUUGACACUUAUUCUUAAUGAUUGUCAAAUUAGUGAUAAAGGCACAUCAGGCUUAGGCUCAAGUUUAACAAAAUGCACUAAUCUAUAAAAUUUGGCACUUUAUUUUGAGUCUUGUUAAAUUUGUGGCGAAGGUGCAUCAAGCUUAGGUUAAAGUUUAGCAAAGUGCACUAAUCUCUCAAAUUUGAAACUUUAUCUUCAUAAAAAUUAAAUUGGUGAUGAAGGUAUAUCAGGCUUAGGCUUUGCUUUAGCAAACUGCAAUAUUCUCACAAAUUUGAAACUAGAUAUUAGGUAUAAACAGUUUUUUUGUCAUAAAUUAUGA